GUUCUCAGCAAGAAAGAAGUCAAGUUGAAAUUAACUGUCUUCAAAAUGAAUUGGAUACUCUUUCUUCUUGUCUUUCUCGUCAAGAUAUUGAAUUUACAGAAUUACAAUUCCAGUAUACCAAUCUUCAAGGUCAAUAUUCACGAUUUCAAUUGAAAGUUAAACAUUUAGAACAUAAUUCCGAUAUUCAAUAUGUUCAAGAUUUACAACAAGAAAUUAAUCGACUUCGCUAA